GCGCAGAGGCUGCGGCGGCCACAACAAGAUGGCGGCGUGUGGACGUGGGAGCCUUGUGUUGGGGGCGGCUGAUGGCCGGCAAUGGCUGCGGGCCUUGCAUUGUAUGCUGGCAACGACAAUGGCGCUUACUUUUCUAUGCUCGUGUCUCUGCGUUGCGGAAGCACCGAGAAACCUGGAUCGUCCUCAGAACCCGAAGAAGGCGGAGGGGCCUGACCUGCCUCAGGUUCAGCAGCAACAGCAACAGCAGCAGCAACAACAGCAGCAGCAGCAGCAGCAACAACAGCAGCAGCAGGAGCAGCAGCCACCGCAGCCGCAACAGCAGCAGCAGCCACCGCAGCAGCAGCAGCAGCAGCAGCAGCAGCCACCGCAGGGCCAGGGGAAACCUCCGGUCCCCCCGUUCCAAGUGCAGGGCCGUCCUGUGUUCCAGCCCCCGCGGAAGAACAUCUGGCGGAUUUCGGAGGACCUAGCGUGUCGCGAAGAUGUGCUCCGGGUCUGCCCUAAACACACCUGGCAGAACAAUUUCGCAGUCCUCGAAUGCUUGCAAGACUUGCGAGAGGCAGAUGAUGAAAUUUCCUCAGACUGCAACCAUCUGCUGUGGAACUAUAAAUUAAACCUGACAACUGACCCUAAAUUUGAAGCUGCAGCAGGCGAAGUUUGCAAAACAACCCUUGGUGAAGUAAAGGACUGUGCUGAGCAAGAGCCAGGAAAAGGCUAUAUAAUUUCCUGCUUGAUUGAGCAUCGUGCAAAUAUAACUGAAUACCAGUGUCGUCAGUUCAUAAGCAAAAUGACAGCUAUCAUCUUCAGUGAUUACCAGUUGAUUUGUGGCUUCAUGGACAGCUGCAAGAGUGACAUCAACCAGCUCAAAUGUGGCAGCAUCAGGCCUGGUGAAAAGGAUGUACAUUCACAGGGGGAGGUGGUAUCCUGUUUAGAAAAGGCUUUAGUUACUGAAGAAAAGAUUAUUUCUCAAAACUGCAAGAAGGCCAUCCUCCGUGUUGCAGAACUUUCCUCUGAUGACUUCCACCUGGACAGGCACCUGUACCUUUCCUGCCGAGAUGAUCGGGAGAGAUUCUGUGAAGAUAUUCAGGGUGGUGAGGGACGUGUGUACAAGUGUCUUUUCAACCACAAGUUUGAAGAUGCUAUGAGUGAUCAGUGUCGUGAGGCACUUACAACAAGACAGAAGCUAAUUGCUCAGGAUUACAAAGUGAGUUACUCCCUGGCCAAGGCAUGCAAAAAUGACCUCCGCAAAUAUCGGUGUAAUACAGACAACUUGCCACGUGCCCGUGAGGCUCGACUGUCUUACUUGCUGCUCUGUCUGGAAUCUUCUGUGCACCGGGGUCGACAGGUGAGCGGUGAAUGCCAGGGCGAGAUGUUAGAUUAUCGUAGAAUGCUGAUGGAAGAUUUCUCAUUAAGCCCCGAGAUUAUUCUUAAUUGUCGUACUGAGAUCGAACUCCACUGCUCAGGGCUACAUCGAAAAGGAAGGACGUUACACUGCUUGAUGAGGCUGGGACGAGGCGACAAGGGCAGUCUGGGCCAGAACUGUCAGCAGGCACUUCAGACCCUAAUUCAAGAAACAGACCCUGGUGCAGACUACCGCAUUGAUCGAGCUUUGAAUGAAGCGUGUGAGUCAGUCAUUCAAACUGCUUGCAAACACAUCCGCAGUGGCGAUCCCAUGAUCCUCUCGUGUCUGAUGGAGCAUCUUUACACAGAAAAGAUGGUGGAAGAGUGUGAGCAUCGACUACUUGAGCUGCAGUACUUCAUUUCCCGUGACUGGAAGCUGGAUCCUGUUCUUUAUCGCAAGUGCCAGGGUGAUGCUUCAAGGCUGUGCCAUACUCAGGGUUGGAAUCAAACAAGUGAGAUGCUACCUCCUGGAGCAGUGUUUUCUUGCUUAUAUCGCCAUGCUUAUCGUACAGAGGAACAAGGUCGCAGGUUAUCCAGAGACUGUCGAGCAGAGAUUCAACGGAUUCUUCAUCAAAGAGCCUUGGAUGUGAAGAUGGAGCCUGGAUUACAAGAACGCUGCAUAAUAGACCUUGGGAAAUGGUGCAGUGAGAAGACAGAUCCUGGACAGGAACUGGAGUGUCUCCAGGACCAUCUUGAUGACUUGGCAGUGGAAUGCAGGGAAAUAGUGGGUAACUUGACAGAGCUGGAAUCAGAGGAUAUUCAGAUUGAAGCCCUGUUGAUGAGAGCCUGUGAUCCUGUUGUUCAGAUAUAUUGUCACGAGUUAGCAGACAACCAGAUUGAUAGUGGGGAUCUGAUGGAGUGUCUGGUUCAAAAUAAACACCAGAAAGAGAUGAAUGAGAAGUGUGCUGUUGGAGUUACACAUUUCCAAUUGAUUCAAAUGAAAGAUUUCCGUUUCUCAUACAAGUUUAAGAUGGCGUGUAAAGAAGAUGUGUUGAAACUGUGCCCAAACAUCAAGAAGAAGGUGGACGUUGUGUUCUGUCUGAGCACCACAGUACGAAAUGACACACUUCAGGACAACAAGGAACAGCGUGUCUCCAUUAAAUGUCGGAAACAGUUGCGUGUGGAAGAAUUAGAAAUGACUGAGGACAUUCGUUUGGAGCCUGAGCUUUAUGUGUCCUGCAAAACGGACAUUGACAAAUACUGUCAGAAUAUUCCAUUUGGGAAUGCACAGGUAGUCGAGUGUCUAAAAGAUGCCAAGAAGUUUCUCUCCAGCCAUUGUCAUGACAAAAUCUUCAAACUACAGGAGACAGAAAUGAGUGACCCUGAGCUAGAUUACACCCUCAUGAGAGUCUGCAAGCAAAUGAUUAAGCGUUACUGUGCUGAUUCUGACUCCAAGAAUGUGCUGCAGUGCCUGAAACAAAAUAAGAAUGCUGAACUUAUGGAUCCCAAAUGCAAGCAGAUGAUCACCAAACGGCAAAUCACACAGAACACUGAUUACCGUUUAAAUCCAGUUCUGAGGAAGGCCUGCAAGGCUGAUAUCCCUAAAUUCUGCCAGUCCGUUUUAAACACUGUAAAAGAUGGCAAAGAACUGGAGGGACAGGUCGUCUCCUGUCUGAAAAUGAAAUACGCUGACCAGGUACUGAAAGGACACCGUUUGUCUUCAGAUUGUGAAGGUCAGAUCCGUGUGAUUAUCCAGGAGUCUGCUUUGGACUACAGGCUGGAUCCUCAGUUGCAGAUCCACUGCACUAAAGAGAUUAACACGUUGUGCGGAGAGGAGGCGGCAGCACAAGAGCAGACUGGCCAGGUAGAGGAGUGUCUGAAAAUCAACCUGCUGAAGAUUACACGAGAGGCCUGCAAAAGGGAGGUGCUGAACAUGUUGCAAGAGAGCAAAGCCGACAUCUUCGUGGACCCUGUGCUUCAUGCAGCCUGCGGCCUAGAUAUCAGGCACCAUUGUGCUUCAAUCCUUCCUGGCAAAGGACGCCAAAUGUCAUGUUUGCUCGAACAACUUGAAGAUAAAACAGUGAGAUUACAACCAGACUGCAAAAAGAGAUUACAAGAUCGUCAGGAAAUGUGGAGUUAUGCAGCAAAGGUUGCCCCAGCUGAGGGUUUUGCAGACUUGGCCUAUCAAGUUAUGACAUCUCCAUCCAAAAAUUACUUGAUGGGCUUGUUGGCAUUGGGAGUGUGCGUCCUAUUUCUACUGGGAAUGACCUGUGGCAGGAUCACCAAACGAGUGACACAGGAGCUGAAGGAUAGGUAGAGCAUGGUUCAAGCCUGCUUUUGUACAGCCUCUGUAUAGUCUCCUUAAAUAAGAGCAGCGGACGUAAUCCAGUCCUUUACACUGGCUCGCAGUUUGCUCUGCACCAAUUUUGCCUGCAGAACAAAUAUGCGAACUAAAAGCUGCUGCUUCUGCUCCAGCAGGACUCCUCUCUUUAGUUUCCUGUAGACUUGGUUUCCAAUGUAUAUCCGAAUCACGUUCACCCAGAUCAGCAAGUCUUAUUGGUAGCAGUCUAAUCCAACAGAUUCUCACCUGUAGGAAAGUUAACUGCCACAACUGGAAUGAUUCCAAAGAAUUGCAUCAGUUCAAGUAGAUUGUAGGAAACUUUAGAAAAGUGUCUGCUUCAACUCUUGUGGUCUGUACACAUCAGAUUGAUUUAUUCAUUUUUUAUUAAAGAUUGUUCAUGCUUGCUGUAGGUGAUGGUGAGGAAGAGAAAACGGGCUUGUAAAUUAAAUUGUGUGCCAGUGAUUUUAAGGGACCUGUCUGUGCAGAACAUAAAGAUUGAGCCACUCUUCUAAGGUGUCCACACAUAUUCAGGCCAAAUUCACUGUAUAUUUGAAAUGUUUGGCAUUGUGUAAAUUGGUGGUCAUUAUUUUAUUUGUAUCCUGUGCUUUGAUGAUUGGGUUUCUUUUGCAGCUCCAGUUUGUGUUCAUUUUGUCACUUUAUGCCCCAGGACUUUUUGAAUUAUGCCAAGGCUCAUUAAUUGAUUCAUUAUAUCCUGCACAAUUUUUUCAUAGCUCGAUUUUGAUCAUGGUUCUCUGAAAAAAAAGGUUUUCUAGUGGGAAUUAACCAGCCUAAGAUUAUUUUGUUUUAGGAGAAUGCAAUUUCAUGAGGUGAAUAUUCACACACUGUUACAGCAGUGAAUUGUGUGAUUAUAUGGCAUAAGCUACGAUGUAAAGAAUGAAACAUAUGAUGUAAAAUAUUGCUGACUUGGAAUCAAUAGAAGUAAAUUUCCGUGGCAGUGUAUUUUGCCCAUUCAAAAAAAAUCUCUUUGAGCAAAUGCCAAAAUCUGCUAGCUGUUUGAACUUUUGUAAUUGUUUGAAAUUCGUUUUAUGCUGAGAGACUACUUGGUCAUGAAGUUAGUGAUCAGAUAAUAAACCAAAUGCUUUAAUCAGCCUCAGUCAGAUUUGAGAGGAUAUCUGUUGGGUGCACCCAAGGGUGCUACCAAUGAUCAAAACUAUUUCAUCAGACUGUUGUAAAUCCCAUCAGUUGCACAAUGAUCUAAUUUGGCAAUGUACAUUUUAAAUACUGAUCUCUGACUGCUAACAGAAGUAUCUCACACAAUUAUUUUUGCCCUAUGUGUUGACUUUUCAGCCUUAUUUAUUGUUUACUAAUAAUUUUUAGCAGGGUCACAGCCUGCAACUGUCGACUCUUUUCUGUUGCCUUGUUUAAAGUUCUUGUGUGGAUAUACCUGGUCACUUUUGUGACUCCAUCAUGGUGAGAGGGUGACCUGCAUGUUGCAGACAUGGGAUUAUCAUUUUUUUAAAUUUCCUUUGUAGGGUGUUUAAAAUUUUUAAUACAGAUUAUCUGUAGUGAAAUUGUGUACAGGGGUGCUACAAGAUGUUACCCUGUGUGUUGUACAGAGAAAACGCGGAAAAGUUGUGCAUUGUUCUGCUGUAGGUGUCAAUGUCACUUUGAAGUAAAAUUUACAAACCAGGAUUUGUAAACUUUUUUCUGUGUAUAAAAUCCACUUUCUCAACGUAAAAUAUACUUGUUCCCAAUCAUGCUGUGUAAUUUGAGAUGUUAAUGAAAUCCUAACAUACAGGCUCUUUGUUCUGUACAGAUGAAAUGGCAGAAUUUAUUAAUAAAAUGGUCUGCAGGUUUUUAAACUUUG